AGAUUUCCUGGAAUCUGGUUACAGCCGGAGAAAUGGAAAUGUUACACUCUAAACAAGAUGUACAUUGACGUCAGCGCGGGCAGCUUCAUCAUCGCCGUCAUCAUCAUCGUCAUCAUCAUGCUGCUCCCCGCCAGGCACACCGAGCCUUCUCUCUACACCUAACCGCUGCCAGACCGCACAGCACCGGGCAACAUGUGGGCUGCCACAGGAGAGAUGCCCGCGCACCAGAUCCACACGCCGGGAUCACUAUUGUCUCAGGGAAUAGUCGUGGCAGCGUCGUCCACAAGCUUGCACGUCCCCCAGCAGAUUACAGAAGAAGUAACGCGGAAGCGGGAGCUGCGACUGAUGAAAAACAGGGAAGCGGCGCGGGAAUGUCGUAAAAAGAAGAAAGAAUAUGUGAAAUGUCUGGAAAAUCGCGUGGCGGUACUUGAGAACCAGAACAAGACUCUGAUUGAGGAACUGAAGGCCCUCAAAGAUCUAUAUUGUCAUAAAGCGGAGUAACUUUUUUGGGACUUUGGACUUGGUUAGAGUCGUUGGCCUUAACGGUUGCAUUUCAGACUCCAAGGUGGACUGCGAUGAGUCUGGGAGGAAGUCCCGUUCAUUUAGGUUUCCGACGAAUCAGGAGUGUAAAUCACAAUAUGAAUUAUUUUAAUUCUUUGUAAGAUAGUGUAUUUUAUAUAAUUAAUUGCAUGCAUCAUUUUAUUUUUUGAUAUUUUUGCCUUUCACCGCUUGCAGGGAAGCAGCGAAGGCAUGUCGACUCAGGAGGAAAGAGUACAUUAGAUGCCUGGAGAGCCACAAUGCCUUCCUGGAGAUGCAUAACCAGCAGCUGCUGAAGGAGCUGGAAGCUUAUAGAAAUCUGUAUAGGAAUAGUUCCUGCAGAAACUCCAACAUUCCUUAAAUAUAGCUCUAGUUUGUCACAA